GUCUCCAUGGGAACGCUCAGGGUGUCCCGUCCGAGGCCUGAGGCUUUGGUUUUGGUCAAGCAGGGUGGCAGACGUUGUUUGGAGGGAGUGUUUGAGUUGGUCCCUGUUCCUCUCCAGAGGCUCCGUAAGUGACGCGGACUCUCGGGAGCAUCAAACCAGAAGCAGACAAGGACGAGAAGAGCUGUGGCAGAAGAGAGGGCCAGGUGUCGAGAAGCCGCUCAGGCUUAGAAAUCUCGGACUCCAGUGUAGGUGGGUCCUUCCCAACCGCCCUCCCCACGUUAAAACUGAAGGGGACGGGAGAGAGGAGGCAAAGGGACCUGUGAUCAGCAAGGGAGGACCAGAGUGGCAAAUACUAAUGCCCCCAUUUUACAGCUCAGCCUUCUCAACAUUCCACCCUUCCCUAAAAAAGGAGCACAAAGGAGGAAAGAAUGGUCACUCUUUCCCUCACAGUCUGAUCCUGGGUUGCUUCUUCCUAGAAAGCUAAUCUUCGACCAGAUGGCAGUAACAUUUGAGGAUGUGACUGUUGUUUUUACGUGGGAGGAGUGGAGGUUCUUGGAUUCUUCUCAGAAAAGGCUCUACCGAGAGGUCAUGUGGGAGAAUUACGCAAACGUCAUGUUAGCAGGAAAUUGGAAAAAGAGCUGCAAACCCCAGGAAGAAAGAUUCAGAUAUUUAGAACAUGAAAAUCUUUCCUGCUGGCAGGGCUGGAAGACUGCCAGCACUCAGAUAUAUGAGAAUAAAAACUAUGUGGAAAUGGUUCAAGGUAUAGAUUCCAAAGACCUAAAGCAGCAACACCUUUCUCACUAUCAAGAAUGGUCAACACUCCCCACACAAGUAGCAGGGUUUGGGAACUAUGAACUGACUUUUGAAAGCAAAAGUCCCAGGAACUUAAAAUAUACCAAGUAUAUACCUUGUCAGUCCUUAGAAAGGAAACACUCUGAAGAUGAUGGUAGAAAAAUCUAUGUGAGUGAUUCGUGUGGUUUUCAAGGAUGCAGAUACCAUGUUGGCAUUUCCAGGAAAAAUCUCUCUAUGGAAAAAGAACAGCUGAUACGUCAGCAUUCUAUCCCAGGACAGGAAGCCUUUCCAGAGUACAUUGGGCAGAUAUGCCAAAAUGACCUGCUGAAAGGCUCUAUGGAAGAGAAAUACUGUGGAUGUAAAAAAUGUAAAGAAAUUUAUUACUGGAACUCACAGUGUAUUCUCAAGAGAAAUCAACUUGGAGAAAAGUUCUAUCCAUGCUCCAUCAGCCCCACAUGCUUCCCUCAGAGAUCAGACCUAUACAGACAUCCAAGAAUCCCCACAGGUAAGCAGCUGUACAGAUGUGAUGAAGUUGCCAGUAACCUUAGUCAGAGCUUCGGUGUUCACUUUCAUCAGAGAGCCCACCCAGGGGAGGUACCUUAUAUAUGUAACGUGUGUAGUAAUAGCUUCAGUCAGAUCCCCAGGCUUCACCAUCAUCAAAGAGUCCACCUGGAAGAGAAACUCUAUAAAUUGCAGUGUGAUAAGGACCUCGGUAGAAAUUCAUUGCUUCACAUUCACCAGAGACUUCACAUAGGAGAGAAGCCUUUUAAGUGUGAUCAGUGUGGUAAGAGUUUUAGUCGGAGUUCAGUACUUCAUGUUCAUCAGAGAGUCCACACCGGAGAGAAACCAUACAAGUGUGAUGAAUGUGGUAAAGGUUUCAGUCAGAGCUCAAAUCUUCGAAUUCACCAGUUAGUCCACACAGGAGAAAAGUCCUAUAAAUGUGGUGACUGUGGUAAGGGCUUUACCCAGCGCUCAAAUCUUCAAAUCCAUCAGAGAGUGCAUACAGGAGAGAAGCCAUACAAAUGUGACAACUGUGGGAAGGACUUUAGUCACAGCUCAGAUCUUCGCAUUCAUCAGAGGGUCCAUACGGGGGAGAAACCCUAUAUUUGUCAUGAAUGUGGGAAGGGCUUCAGCAAGAGUUCAAAACUUCACACUCAUCAAAGAGUGCAUACGGGAGAGAAACCCUAUAAAUGUGAACAGUGUGGUAAAGGUUUCAGUCAGUGUUCACAUCUUCUCAUUCAUCAGAGAGUCCAUACAGGAGAAAAACCCUAUAAAUGUGAUGACUGUGGAAAGGGCUUUAGUCACAGCUCAAAUCUUCAUAUUCACCAGAGGAUCCACACAGGAGAGAAGCCUUAUCAAUGUGCUAAGUGUGGUAAGGGUUUCAGCCACAGCUCAGCUCUUCGAAUUCAUCAGAGAGUCCACACAGGAGAGAAAACUUAUAAAUGCCAUGAGUAUUACACAGGAUUCAAUCAGAAUCCACAUCUUUACAAUAACUGCAGAAGAUAAACCUUGUAAUCCCGUUCAUUUUGUUGUAACAGCUUUAAUCAAAGCUUCACUUUAAGCCUAAUAAAUGCUGCUAGAAAAAAAUGCUAUAAAUAACCCAAAUAAUCCCAAGCAACAUUUAAAAUUUCUUCUAAUUCCUGCUAAGAAUCAUUUGCUUUAAGAGAUGCUUAGGACA